AUGUCGUCUCAACGCCAGGCUUCAUCAGCCGCUCAAGUCCCCCACCUCUCCCCCGCCGAACUCUCCUACCUCUACACUUCUCUCGCCCUUCCCCAGAGCCCCAUCCGACCUGACGGCCGCUCUCCAACUCAGUUCCGUCCUCUAUCUGCUGAAUCUAACAUCUUACCCGGUACAAAUGGAAGUGCGCGCAUUGGCUUCGCAGAUGGAACGCAGGCUAUCGUCGGUGUGAAAGCAGAGGUUGAGAGGACUGUUCUUAUUUCUGAUACUUUGGAUGUGGAUCAAGAUGCUGAGACCGGCGAAGGUGAGGGGGAGUCUGCGUCCGCUGCGACUGGUGGACACGGAUCAUGGGUGCAGAUGUCCAUUGAGAUUCCUGGGUUCCGAGACGAUGAUGCGCUGCCGGUUUUCCUGGCGGAGAUGUUGAGGGAGAGUCUUGUUGGGUCCGUUGGUGGAAAUGAUGGGGAUAAUGGAGAGAGGCAUAUGGCUGGAGGAUUGAAGGGGAGAUUGGUUAUCAAUAAGCGCUGGCACUGGAGGUUGUACAUUGAUGUUCUUCUACUUUCUCAGCCUCUGUCAUACCCACUUCCUCUCCUCUCUCUUACGACACAUCUCGCUCUUCUCUCUACCAAGCUUCCGAAAUUGAAGUCUACAGGCGAGGAGGACCCCUUCUUCGAUGAUGACUGGGCUGCUGCGGAGUAUCUGUACCCGCGUACUUCUACAAUCAACUCUAACCCAUCACAACAAGUCCGCCCUCCAAUCACAUUGCUUGUGAUCUCUGUUGGCGAGAACGUGAUCUUCGAUCCCAGCCGUGAAGAGAUCGCCGUUGCUGAUGCCGUACUCGCUAUCUCGUUUACACGCAACAGUGACUCCGGUACAGCCGCAGAUGAGCCAUUGAAGUUACUGUCUAUGCGAACAAUUGAUCCCCCAUCCAGACUUACGCAGCGCGGAAUAGCCAACUCCGAGACCGAGAAUGGAAAUGGUCCGGAUUCGGCUGCUGCUGCUGAAGAGGAUACUCCUGGUGUCUGGCGCCCUCGACGUGGUGGAAUCAAGCGUAGUGUGCUUGCGGAGAUGAUGAAGACUUCCUUGAAGAAGGGCGGUGUUGGUGAGGAGGUUCUUGCUGGAUUAGAGGGCGUGGAGGUCGAAUAA